AAUAUUAAUUAGUUCAAUAAUUUUAUUAUAUAGGGUGAGUUAUAUGAAUUUAAGAAAUGAAUUUUAUAUUCUUCGUUUUUAUUAUUUAAUAUUAAUAUUUUUAAUAUCAAUAAUUUUUUUGAUUUUUAGUCCAAAUAUGCUAACUUUAUUAUUAGGUUGGGAUGGAUUAGGGUUGAUUUCUUAUUGUUUAAUUAUUUAUUAUCAAAAGAUAUUAUCUUUUAAUUCUGGAAUAUUAACUGUAAUUUUAAAUCGAUUAGGGGAUUCAAGGUUAUUGAUAAUUAUUUCUUUUAUAAUGAUUUUUGGAAGAUGAAAUUUGAUUUUAUAUAAAAUAGAUUUAUUAAUUAUAUUAUUAAUAAUAUUAAUAGUAUUUACUAAAAGUGCUCAGUUGAUUUUUAUAAUUUGGUUACCAGCAGCAAUGAUAGCACCUACACCUGUAUCUUCGCUAGUUCACUCAUCUACUUUAGUAACUGCUGGAAUUUAUUUAUUAAUUAGGUAUGAAUCAUUAAUUGAUUUAAAGUGUAAGACGUAUGUAUUAAUAAUUUCAAGAAUAACAAUGUUAAUUUCUGGAUUAAUAGCAAAUUUUGAGAUAGAUUUUAAAAAGAUUAUUGCUUUAUCGACAUUGAGGCAAUUAGGGUUUAUAAUAAGAAUUUAUUCUUUAAGAAUAACAAAUUUAACAUUUUUGCAUUUAUUUAUUCAUGCUUUUUUUAAAUCAAUAAUAUUUAUAUGUGUGGGUAGAUUAAUUCAUUAUAUAACUGGAAUUCAAAAUUUUCGUUUUUAUUCUGGAAUUUAUUAUUUAUACCCAAUUAAAGGUUUAUUAAUAAUAUUUUCUUUAUUAAUAUUAUGCGGUUUUCCUUUUUUAGUUGGUUUUUAUUCAAAAGAUUUAAUCAUCGAGUAUUAUUUUUUAAAUAAUAUAAGAAUUUUUAGAUUAAUAAAUUUAGUUUUAGGAACAGUUUUAACUGUAUCAUAUUCAUUUCGAAUUAUAUUUAUGGUUUUGAAUAGAAAUUAUAUAAUAAAUUUAAUAUAUUUAGAUGAAGAUUAUGUUAUAAUUUAUUGUAUAACAGUAAUUUUAGUUAUUAUAUUG